AUGAAUAAAAGUUUAUUGGGAUCACUCAUUAACAAUGUACCAAAGUACAUGACACCAGCAGCACCAGUACAAAAGUGGUCGAUGUCAUCGAUCUACGGUGGAAUCAAAUUCAGUCAACGACAGAUCGACGCUGCAUUGCAGCCACCACCCGUUACAGCCAUUACAGAGCCAGACUGUGAGAUGGAAUUGACUGCCGUACCAAAGAAACGUGUAUCUUACACCAGAAACAGAAAGAGAAACAGCGCAAAGAAACACGAGAACAUUCAUCAUCAUACCGUUUGUCCAAAAUGCCAAUCUCUUAAGCUUAGACAUCACCUUUGUAUAAAUUGUAUCAGAAAGAUCUAA